GCAAUUGGCAGCCCUAAAUCAAACUCUUUUAGGAAAACAAAACAAAAUCGUCCUCCCCUAAACCCUCGUUUUCCCUUGUUCUGUUUCCCUCUCACAACACUGCAACGACAGAAAAAAGAGAAAUUUAACAAAAAUUAAUAAUUUAAUUAUUUUUACUUCAUAGCUUCAAAGCUCUUUAUUUAAUCUUGGAGGAAAAUUCGGCGGCUAAAAUGGCGAAGCGAGAGCUCUCCAGUACUUUGAGGGGCUUGAAGUUCAUGCAAAGGGCAGCUCAGAGAGAGGAGAAAGUUAAGAAAGAAGAAGAGGUUAAUCCUGAAGGGAGUAAUACUAUUACUAGAAAAUGUGUGGUUAUUAUGGAAGGGGAUCCCCAUCCAGGAGCAAUUGUAGGACGGAUGUCAUUUCAAAGUUUCAAUCCUUCUAUUGAUAAACUGAAUGAAGAUGCAUCAAAUGUGUGUCAGCCGGAUGCCUCUGGUGGAAGAACUUUGUCUAGUGAAAACAGAUCUGAAUCUGAAGGAGCUGACUGCUCGAAGGUCAGCACAUAUAAAUACGAAGGUAAUGGAGACCUUAAAAGAAAACAGUCUGACGUAGUUUCUGAACCUGAGUAUCCAAAUAAAUCACCAAAAAAUGGUCAUGGAGUUCAAUCGUCACCAAGCAGCAGUAAAGCCUCCUCCCAAAAGCAGUCAAAGCGUGAGAAGCUGGACUGGAAACUUCUCAGGCCACCAAAGUCUAAGAGGUGAUUAUAAUUAGGAAAAUUAUGUUCUGUGAGUCCAUUAAUACUUACGUCCAGGUUCCUAUAAUUAAAUAUGUAAACCUUGUUGUCAUAUUCUUGAAGCUCAGCUUUCUUAACUUCUCAAAUUGUUUAAGUUAAUUUACUUUCUUUCUCUCCCCCCGUUCACUACUGCAUGUUAAGCAUGAGACUCUUGUGAAGCAGUUUAAGUUGAUUUACUCAAGAAGAAGCCAAGAAUUUGAUUUACAAUGCUCAAACAGCUUGAAUGAGCUUGGAGCUGUUUGUCUGCUUGUGCUGAAUUUGCUCUCGAGAAUACCUGUGUGCUAAGAAACACCAAACAAUAAGUAAAUUAUUUGUGGUGCCAGUA